GCGACUCCCAGUGCUGAAUGCAUUAAGUCACAGUAGAUGUGGAAUAUCUCCACAGACAGAUGGUUUCGUAAACGAGAGAAGAACUUGCAAAACUGUGCAGCCCGUGAGAAGAGAUGGAGGUCAUGAAGGUUCAACAGAUGUCGCACCAUGUCGUCUUUAUCCUGCUGGCUGCUACUGUACGAUCUCAAGUCAACCCAGAAAUGUGCCGAUAUCCUCUCGGUAUGACCGGUGGGCAGAUUCAGGACGAGGACAUCUCUGCCUCCAGCCAAUGGUCUGAGUCAACGGCUGCAAGAUUUGGCAGACUUGACUUAGACAACGGAGACGGUGACGGGGCCUGGUGUCCUGACAUCAUGUCAGAGCCGGACGGCCUCAAAGAGUAUCUCCAGGUGGACCUGCGUUCGCUGUACUUCAUCACACUGGUGGGCACACAAGGUCGCCACGCUGACGGCAUGGGUAAUGAGUUUGCCCAGCGAUACAGGAUCAAGUACAGCCGCGACGGCAGCAGCUGGGUGGAAUGGCAGGACAGGAAGGGAAGGCAGGUCAUCGAGGGGAACAGGAAUGCGUACGAUGUGGUGCUGAAGGAUCUGGAGCCGCCCAUCAUAGCUCGUUUUGUCCGCUUUAUGCCUGUGACAGACCACUCCAUGAUCGUGUGUAUGAGAGUGGAGCUCUACGGCUGCGAAUGGUUGGAUGGCCUGAUGUCUUAUAGCAUUCCAGAUGGACACCAAAUGAUCUACAGAGGCCUGGAUGUCUACUUCAAUGACUCUGUGUAUGAUGGAGCAUCAGCUGAAAGACUGACGAAGGGCCUCGGCCAGCUGACAGAUGGCACCUGGGGUCUGGAUGAUUUUCUCCACAGCCACAUAUACGGCAUGUGGCCAGGGUACGACUACGUGGGCUGGAACAACAAGAGCCUCCCCAAAGGUUACGUGGAGAUGAUCUUUGAGUUCGACCAUGUCCGAAACUUCACUUCCAUGAAGGUUCAUUGUAAUAACAUGUUCAGCCGAGGGGUGAGGAUGUUCAGACAGGCCACCUGUUACUUCCGCUCAGGAUCAGACUGGGAGGCUGAUCCGGUGACCUUUAGGCCCAAUGUCGACCGCACGAGCCAAAACGCCCGUUUCGUCACCGUGUCCCUCGGGGACCGCACAGCCAGCGCCAUCAAAUGCCGCUUCCACUUCAGUGACCUUUGGAUGCUGUUCAGUGAGGUGGCCUUCCAGUCAGGCUCAGCCGUGUAUAACACAUCUCUGACUCCUCGGAAACAUGGACACCCCACAAACACACUGCCAGGAGAGGAUCCUACUCAUAAAGUGGACGACAGCAACACCAGGAUCCUGAUUGGCUGCUUGGUGGCUAUCAUCGCCAUCUUAUUGGUUAUCAUCGUCAUCAUCCUGUGGAGGCAGGUCUGGCAAAAGAUGCUUGAGAAGGCCUCCCGUCGCCUGCUGGAUAAUGAACUCACAGCUCGUCUUGCGGUGCAGACACAGGCUUUCUCCUCCCUCCACUCCUCUCUGUCCAGCGAGAGCGACUCCACCACCAACUCCACCUAUGAGAGAAUCUUCCCGCUCUGCUCCGACUACCAGGAGCCUUCCCGCCUUAUCCGGAAACUCCCAGAGUUUGCUCAGUCCACCGAACACCUCGGACUGAGCACCUCCUGCAGAGCCCUUGCCAGCAGCGGGGCGGACGGGGCCCCCCACUAUGCGGAGGCAGACAUCAUCAGCCUCCAGGAGUCUUCGGACAGCUACUCCAUCACAGCCGUCAACAUGAAUCUCUUCGCUGGCACCGAUUCAUCCAUGAGAGAGUUCCCCAGACACAAGCUCACCUUCAAGGAGAAACUGGGAGAGGGCCAGUUUGGAGAAGUGCACUUGUGUGAGGCCGAGGGCAUGCAGGACUUUUUGGAUGAGGAUUUGUCUAUAGAGGGAAACAACGAGUCGCCUCUGCUGGUCGCUGUGAAAACACUGCGGGAAGAUGCCAACAAGAAUGCGAGGAAUGACUUCCUGAAGGAGAUCCGGAUCAUGUCUCGCCUGAGGGACCCCAACAUUGUGCGUCUGCUGGCGGUGUGUGUGGACACAGACCCGCUGUGUAUGAUCACUGAGUACAUGGAGAAUGGAGACCUGAACCAGUUCCUCUGCAUGCUCAGACUGAAAGAGGCUGCUGAUGAAGACAAGACAGAGCCGGAGGAAAAAGAGGGGGAGAGUAUGGUCAGCUACAGUAAACUAAUUGGCAUGGCCGUGCAGAUUGCAUCUGGUAUGAAGUACCUGUCCUCUCUCAACUUUGUCCACCGUGAUCUGGCGACCCGCAAUUGCCUGGUGGGGAAGAACUACACCAUAAAGAUCGCUGAUUUCGGCAUGAGUCGGAACCUGUACAGAGGGGACUACUACAGGAUCCAGGGCCGGGCCGUGCUGCCCAUCCGCUGGAUGUCCUGGGAGAGCAUCCUACUGGGAAAGUUCACCAUGGCCAGUGACGUGUGGGCCUUCGGUGUGACUCUGUGGGAGAUUCUGACUCUGUGUAAGAAGCAGCCGUACUCCCAGCUCUCUGACGAGCAGGUCAUUGAAAACACAGGCGAGUUCUUCAGGGACCAGGGCAAGCAGGUGUAUCUGCCCAAGCCUCCCCGUUGUCCGGACGGUGUCUACAAUGAUCUCAUGCUGAGCUGCUGGAGGAGGAACGCCAAGCAGAGGCCGAGCUUUCAGGAGAUACACACUCAGCUGAUGGAGAGCCUGCCGUAGCAAAUGGAACAAAUCAUCUCUCUCUGUCAUGCACUGUCCCUUCAGUCUGGAUUUAUUUAGAAUUACUUUGGAGUCAGAAACACCCCAUCAGAUGUUUUCCUUUUGUUUUGACUGGCUUGCCCCAACGGUGCUGUAAA